UUGACAGUAAUAAAUUUCUGACGGCCCCACAUUAACACUUUUACACCAUGGCCUCUAGAAUGGAUCGCGCCCGGAGAAAAUCCAUGUCUCCGGAAGAGCGCUACCAACGUGCUGUCAGUGCUCGUCGAAAAUUCCGGGCGCUCGUGAAACUCAUCAUUGCCAAUUUAUCAUGGCUCCAAGAACUCGAAGACGAAAAACUUGGCGACAACGUUAAGAAAAACAUCCAAGUUUUGACUCGGAAGAAAGGUAAGAAGAGUCUCCUAACACUCAAAGACAAAGCCGUCCUGAACAAACCCCAGGAACUAAGAACUGAAGCCGAAAAAAAUCACUUAAGGAGAAUAAUCGGAAACCUAAAAUGUUUCAGACGAUACCCACCGGAGGUCAAAAGCCAAUUGCCCGGAAUUAUGUAUUUUAAUUACUUCGGACCGAAUAGAAUUGUUGUGAAGCAAGACUAUGAAGCGCUUAACCUUUAUGUUAUUUUGACCGGAGAAGUCGUAGUGAGUCAAACUUACUACGAUAAACUUCUUAAAGAAAAUGUAACUAAAGAUGUCCUCUUGAUGGGCCCGGGGAAUUAUUUCGGAGAAGUUGGUCUUCUCCAUAACAUCGCUCGAACAGCCACUGUUACAACAACCGAAGCAACAGAAUUUCUUUACGUCAAACGUGAAGAUUUCGAUCGUGUUUUAAAAGACACUGUGGCCAGUCAAUGGGCAGAAGUGCAAGAAAACAUGUCUUGGUUCACUUAUUUCCAAAACUGGAGCGAAGUUGACAUACGCGAAAGCUGUAUCCUAGCUAAAAAGAAAAAUUUUGAACCUGAUCAAAUCGUUUUGAGCAGCACCGGAGGUCAACUAGAUUGUGUUUACUUCAUCACUAAAGGCAGUUGCUACCUCAUUGAAUACAUGACGAUCAAAACAACCUGGAAAAAAGGACUACCUCACUACACUCUGGUAAAAGAAGCUGCUGAUGCAGAGGCAAGGCCACCAGCAGCUGUUUAUAAAGAUAUUAAAAAAUUACACAAGAAGGAAGAGUCUCACAUGGGCUUAAAAUCAUCGCUAAGACCAGCAAUAAGCACCUCCAGACCGUCUUUAAGACCUUCUUAUACGCAACCAAACAUUCAAACUCAUUUUAUCAAAGUUUGCACUUUCAAUAAAUUAGCCUGUUUCAAUGUGGGCGAAAGUUUGAAGAAUAGGAUUAUAGUGUCGUCAGACGAGACUGAAUGUCUUCUUCUUCCCAGAUAUUUUCUUCUAGAUAAAAGUAUGAUUACUUUCAAAGCUAUUGAGCAGUUUUUGACACGUCACAUUCCGAGUACUGAGCAAAUUUUCAAAAAUUUUCUAGAAGACCAUAGGUGGAGUUAUUACAAAGGUCAAUUGGUGGAACAAAUUUUGGCCGAUAAAGCCUUCACAGGGAAUACUGUGCACAAUAUACCGUAUACAAUUCGGCUUGCUGAAGAUUUGGGCGAAAUUUGAAUUAACCUCUGACAAAUAUGAAGUAAAAUUCGGUUAAUUUCGUUUUUGCAUUUUUGUAAAAUAAGAAACUACACCAAAUUAGUCUGUUAUGUUUUCUCUUCAUUUGUUUAAUGAAAUCUUGUAUUAUUGUAUCCUUGUCU